AUGUAUAAAUUGAGCUUGGUUUUUCUGGCCACUUGGAUCGCCCAGCUUGUGGCGGCCAAGGAUGUCCACCUCGACUGGAAUGUCACUUGGGUCAACGCGGCUCCAGAUGGCUUCGAGCGGCCAGUGAUUGGCAUCAACGGCCAGUGGCCAUGUCCACAGGUCGACGUGGAUGUCGGUGAUCGUUUGAUCGUGAAUGUGUACAACGGCCUUGGAAAUCAGUCCACGGGCGUCCACUGGCACGGAUUCCACCAGUACCACAGCGGCGUGAUGGACGGGGCAACCGGUGUCACGCAGUGUCCCAUUGCCCCGGGCCAGCACAUGCAGUACAACUUCGAGGCCAACCAAACCGGCACUUACUGGUACCACUCGCACAACAUGGGCCAGUACCCCGAUGGGUUCCGCGGUGCGUUGAUCGUGCAUGAUCCGUCGCCGCCAUUUCACUUCGACGAUGAGUUCACCAUCACCUUGAGUGACUGGAACCAUCGCCAGAUGCCGGAUCUCCUGAACGAGUACGAGUCGCAGGAGAAUGAGAAGGCGUUCCAUGGCCGCGAGCCUCUUCCCGACUCUGCAUUGAUCAACGACUCAACCAACACCAAGAUCAAGGUCGAGCCCAACAAGACCUACUUGGUCCAUGUGAUCUGCGUCGGAAACUUCCCUGGCCACACCUGGGUGUUCGAUGGCCAUGACAUGACCGUGGUUGAAGUGGACGGAGUCUACGUCGAGCCGUACCAAGCCAAAGACAAGUUCCUGCGUAUCGCAACUGGACAGCGCACCAGCGUUCUGAUCCACACCAAGCCUGACACCAGCAAGAACUUUGCUAUUUGGGACACGAUGGACGUGAACAUGAUGUUUGUCUACGAGCAUCGCGACAUUCCCGCCAACUACAAUCCCAAUGUCACAGCCUGGCUUGUGUACGACGAAGCGCAGCCCCUACCUGCUCCGCCGCAGUUCCCAGGAUUUGAAUUUGUGGAUGACCUCGCCUUCGUGCCGAAGGACCACGAGCCGCUGCUGCAGCCCGUCGACCACCAGAUUGUGCUGGACACAUUCAGUAAGGAAAUCAACGGCGUUACGCGGUACACUAUCAACAACGAGACCUACCUGCCCCCGGAGGUGCCAACCAUCUAUACUGCCAAUACCAUUAGACCCGACCUGGUCUCCAACCCGAAGGUGUAUGGCCAUGUCAACCCUAUUGUGGUCAAAUACGGUCAGGUGGUAGAGAUUGUCAUUAACAAUCAUCACCCCAACCUCCACCCGUGGCACUUGCACGGCCACCAUUUCCAGGUUCUUCAGAGAUCAGCCGUCGAUGGUGGCUACUUCAGUGGUUACUACAAGAACGUCUCGUCGACCCCCGUCCGACGCGACACCAUCAUGGUCCAGAACAACGGCCAUGUCGUUAUUCGCUUCCUCUGGAUGCUCCACUGCCACAUCGAGUGGCACGUCGAGGCUGGCCUGAUGGCCACACUUAUCGAGGCACCCGAGACGUUCCCCAACUCCCUCGAGGCACCUCCGAAGGACCACUACGAUGUCUGCGCCGCGUACCCUCAGCCUAUCAACGGUAAUGCUGCCGGCAAACAGGGCCUGGACCUCGGCGGUGCCAACACAGUUGUUGGGGUCGGAAAUCAUGGUGCUAUGUACCCGCCGCCGGACCAAAAGCCCGCCCCGGGUGAGCCCGAGCCUGAGGACCCUCAGCCCUCAUCGCAGCCACCGCCACCCGAACCAACAGCUACCAAGCCCAACCCGCCGCACACUCCUCAUGCUAAGCCGCCGAAGCCUCAGUCGCCCGAGCCCCAGGAACCCAAACCACAGCCUCCUGCUCCCCAAGAGCCCGCUCCUCAGCAGGCCCCGGCCCCUCACCCCGAGCCUUACGCUCCUCAGUACUACCCAUUCCCGGUUUCUCCGCCUCCUCCGCCGCCUCAUGAGCAGGAUGUCCAUGUGCACUCGGGAGACGCCAACCUACCAUGGCCUCGGCCUAACACCGACGAGGGGCACGCCCAGGUCAAUGAUCACCCCAUUGGCCCCCACAACCCCGCUGAUGAUAAGCCUAUCGUUGCUCACAGCGAGGAUCCGAAGGGCCCAUGGCCACACCCAUACAAGAACAAGGGGUAUGUUCUGGAUGGAGACCACCACAUCAAGACCCACGAUUCGGGGGCCGAUGAUCUCCCCCACGGCUGGAAGUACUAUGAGCAGUACGAGCAUGGGCAGUAG